AUGUCUGAAAUCGGCAAGCGACAGCUGGAAGCAACGCCCUCGUCGCACGGCCUUGCUUUUCGUUUACAUUAUUCGUUUAUGCAAACAGAGCACGAGGCCAAAGCAAUUCGUCCUCGACGCCGGCAGUGUUUGCGAUACUUUGCGAUUCAGAGGCACAAGACCAUCUACAUGACGAGUGCCACUGCUAUGCGCCCCAGAGGCAGACUGAGUUCCCCUACACUCUACGGAUGUCUUGAGGACGAUUCGCGCAAUCAGAUCGAGACCCCAGUGACAGCCGACUACCUUAAUCUCCUCCCCUCCACCUCCCACCCCUCUUCAACUCCAUUCGCAAAUCACACAGACCUCGCACCGCCCGCCACCGCCGCCCCAAUCGACAAAACGGGCACCGUUGAAGAACAACGAAAGUCACCCUCCAACGCGGCAUGUCUCUCGAUUUGUUCUGGUAUCGAGGCACGAGGUAGCAGUUCACGGCAACCUGAAGCAUCAAAACAGCAGAUCAUCUUAGACCCACGGGAGGCAACAUCAGCCCACCAUCGCGCAGGUUUAAUUCAACUCGGAUACGAAAUGGAUACACCAUCACACCUUUUGAACGGAUACGUUGAGCUCUGGAGACGCCUCAAGUGGCCCGCCGAUCCAGGACAUGCCCUGUUUCGUGGUGCUCGUAUCUUCAUCUGGUCACUUCCAGCUCGACCGUCGCUAUUAACCAGCGACAGCUGUAGGAAAUUCCCAAUUUCUUCCAUUGUCGAGGCGUCGAUAGAUUCCACUUACAAUUCAACGAGGUUUUAUUGCUACAAGUCAAGCAACAAUACAGCUUCCUCCAUUCAAUUGACAAUCGACCCCUUGGACAUCCCAUGUUCGGCCUGUCCCCAUCCUCUUGUCAUCCCAAAACCGUCCCCUCGACGUCGAUCUCGUACAAAGUGUAUCAAGCCUGCCGUCCCCUGUCCCAGACACCACGGCACGAAUUCGACUUGGCAUCCCGAGUCCGAUAACUGCGACAGAAGAUCUUCAAACCCGCCCAGUUCUGGACGUUCUCUUCAACUGCCAUUCAUCCCAAACCCCCAGUUUGAUUUUGCUUGGCCGUUCCCCCCUUCCAUUGCAACAGUCACCUUGACCGUCGGCGUCCCUCGCCUAUUUCGAUCCAUGCCCCGCGGCUGCACCGCCAAGCUUCACUGA